UUUGCUAAGCAAUGACACAUUGCACUUGGAUCUGGAAGCAUAACAUCUGGAAGCCAAAUGUUAGAGGCGAUAUAAAAGGGCCAGCCCAACAAACUGGUGGGGCAUUUCUAAGCCAGAAGCAUCGUCAAUAUGGAUCUUGUCCUUCUCUGUGUGUUCCUGCCUUUGGUGACAGUGGCGUGGGGCCAGUAUGGUGACUACUACUAUGGCCCCUACAACUACGGAGAUAAUGAUGAAUGGGCCAACGUGUACCGGCAGGGCUUCAACUUCCAAUGCCCGCACGGGCAGGUGAUUGUGGCCAUCAGGAGCGUUUUCAGCAAGAAGGAGGGCUCCGACAGGCUGUGGAACUACGCGUGCAUGCCGGCGGCCCAGAGCCUCGGCGAGCCGACCGAGUGCUGGUGGGAAGAGAUCAACAGGGCAGGGACCGAAUGGUAUCAGACCUGUUCAAACAAUGGGCUAGUGGCCGGUUUCCAGAGUCAGUAUUUUCCAUCUGUGCUUGACCGUGAAUGGCAAUUUUACUGCUGCCGCUAUAGCCGGAGAUGUCCAUAUUCAUGCUGGUUAACAACAGAAUAUCCUGGACACUAUGGAGAAGAUAUAGACAUGAUGAUGUAUACUUACGACCAUUACAUCCGUGGGGCAACCACAACUUUCUCUGCUGUGGACAGGGAUCGUCAGUGGAAAUUCAUUGUCUGCAGGAUGACAGAGCAUGACUGCCCAUUUCAAAAUGCUUAAAAAGAUUGAGUAUCCCAAAGUCAGAAAGCUUAGGGAGGGCUAGGGUGGGGUGAGGGUGGAUGAUUAUGGGACAGGGCCAAAUAGGCUCACAAAAAAAGUACCCAGACUCAUCAGUUGUCUGUUGAAGAUAUAAUUCUUCUUUGCCUCUGGAGCUAUUAAAUAAAUUGCCAUCUCACGUGCUUGCAACAGCAAUUUUGAAGGAUUCCCUCAAGCUGCACUGGCAGUUGCAUCCCCCAACUAAAAUUGCUGAUGACAUACAUGUUUAUGACACACAAGUCUAUAACAUAUACACAGUUACCUUUUUUUUUAUAUAUAUAUAUAUAUAUAUAUAUACACACACACACAUAUAUAUAUAUAUAGCCAUUCUGAAAACAUACAACUUACUUUCACAUAGCACCUUUGCAUAAAUUACUUCCCAGAGCAAAGUCAUUGCAAAUGAGGUGGAAACAUAAUAUAACCUUUCCAACAUGCAAUAGUCUUUCCUGUCUUCUGCUUUUACUUAGAACCCAGUGAUGUCUACCAGUGUGCUGAAAGCAGUACCAGUAGGUCUCUGACACACUGCAUUUGGGGUUACCUGUUACAGCUCCCAGUAUAGCUGCACUGCUACAAAUGCCUGUCUACACAGGGGAAUUGCAGCUAUGUACAGUAAGGGAAGAUGUCAGUACCUGAUUAAAAUGAGAGUAGAUACAUCAAUAAAAACAGAAGCCUAAGCCAGCUUUACUGAGAUCCCAAGUCUCUUUUAUAUUUCCCUAAAAGUUUUCAAUGCCACAACUACCCUGAGAGCACUAAUCUGAGCAAACCCAGGGUAAGCCAGGCCAUGCUCUUAGUAAAUGUGUAUACUCUACCCAUCACGUGUCUACUUUUCAGGUGCAUUGGGCUAUCACCAUAGGUGCCUGCGUGACAAUAUCUUGCCUUGACAAUGUAUUCUUGGCUCAGAUCAGACAAGUAAAACUAAUGACCUCAGAUCACCUCAGUUCCUCUGACUUGCAGAUCUCAUUCCCUGUAAAGGAUGAUCUGACCGGGUUUCAAGACUGCACAGCACUUGUGCAGCUGUAAUCUAACAAGAAAGACCACUGAUCUCUUCUGGGAAGAUGUGGUGUGGGACUUCUGUUCUUGAAGAAGCCAGAAUUCAGGGCCCAGUUCCUUAGCUUGUGAAGUCAAUGACAAACUUACGGUGGCUUCAGUGGCACCUGCUCAAGGGCCAUGAGGAACCCAUGUACCAAUUUCAGGUUCUAAGCUUCACAGGAACAGUGGUGUUGGUCAGUUGGUUUCCAUGUCCCAAGCCUUUUUAAUAUAUUUACUAGCAUACCCUCAAGUGUGAGCAUUAAAACUACACUUGUCCAAUAAAAAGAAUAAUAGGUUUUGCA